AUGUAUCCCUCAGAGCUCACAAGUCUCCAUUUUCACCUCCCUCCACCCCAAACAUCGACCGCCCCCCACCUCGCCUUCAGCGGAUUCUCGGGCGAACCAUACUCAACCAGCGGGCUACUCCAUCCUCCCUAUUUCCUCACUCCCAACUCCACUUCAGACGAGGCUGAGGAAUACAAGGUCCUCAACCCCGCCGUGGAGCGCCGAAUGAUAUCUAACCGCGAGUCCGCGAGACGGUCGAGGAUGCGAAAGAAAAGGCAACUUGACGAGCUUUCUUCGCUUGUCGACCGCCUCCGCUCCGCCAACCGCCAGCUCCUUGAUCAGCUGAACCAGAUGAUGAGGCGACAGCAUGAGAUUGUUGGUGAGAAUGAUAGGCUUAGAAAGGAAGAAACAGAGCUGAAGGAGAAGCUCAAGCUUCUGAAAAAUGAGAAUGGGGAUAUUAUGGAGAUAAUGGAGGUUGAUGAUGGCCCAUGCAACAUAGCUCAUUUGAGAAAGGAGGCUAUGAUUAUGAGUUCAUGUAUGGCUUCCCCGUUGGUUUUUCCUUAAUUUUGUCGUUUUCUUUAUAUUAAUUCCUUCAGUGGAAGCUGAAGUAAGAUGCAAUUAGCCGUUGAGUUGAUAAAAAUAAAAAAGAAUGUAAUCAAUUUAUGAUUGAUUGAUCGAUAGCAUGAGGUUUCUACCAUGUCUGCUUUUGCCGUAC